AUGCCCAUGGACGAGAACCAGUACUACCGCUACAAGGCGCCCGACACCCCCAACGGGCUGUGCGGCCACCGCGACACGUACUACCACGCGCCGUGCGAGGAAAUCGCAAACUACUCGGGCAUGUGUGAUCACCACCUCGCCGCGUUCCGCGCCGAACUCGCCUCGCUCCACUAUGCCAGCCAGUACGGCCACCACGGUCACGGACACGGACACGGCCACUGA